AUGAACGGUCACUUCUGCCGGGCGCUGAUGGACCGGGCACCCACGGCACCACCCGGCGGCAUGCAGUUGGGAACCGCGCCCCCUCCCCGGCCCGCACCCCUGCCCGCGGAGCCCCCGGGCGCUGUGCCCUUUCUGCUGUUCCCGGGCCCUGCCGCUGCCUACGCCGGCCUGUUCCCCUGCGCGCCCGGGCCGGGCGCCCUCGCGGCCUACGACUGCCCAUUCGAACCCGCCUUCAUCCACAAGCGCAACGAGCGCGAGCGGCACCGCGUGCGCUGCGUCAACGAGGGCUACGCGCGCCUCCGCGGCCACCUGCCCGGCGCGCUGGCCGAGCGGCGGCUGAGCAAGGUGGAGACGCUGCGCGCCGCCAUCCGCUACAUCCGGCACCUGCAGGAGCUGCUGCGCGCCGCCCCCGACAGCCCGCGGCCCGAGCGCCCCGGCGACGCCCCGCAGCCCGAGGGCCCCCGCUUCUCCUCCUCGCCGGGUUUGGAGUCCGAGGAGCCCAGCCAGUGA